CGUGGCCAAAGGACCAUAAGACACACGGUCAAGCGGCUAAACACUCAACCAGUCAUUGACACUUAAAAACUCCUUUACGAUUCAUUCCACGUAAACGAGCUCUUAACGAUAUGGUACAGUGUACAGCGUCCGUCAUCUUCGCGGUGGUCUUGGUGAGAUCGGUGUAUUCAAGUGUCGAGUCUUUGCACGAUAUGGGCGGCGGGAAAAUGCACAGCGCGCAUGAUGAUCAUGUAGCCUUUCUAGGUGAGGAGAUGGCAAAAGAGUUCGAGAAUCUGAGUCCAGAGGAAGCGCGCAGGCGACUCAGAAUGCUGGUUCCACGAAUUGACAUCAACAAAGAUGGAUUUGUAGAGGAAGCCGAACUAGAAAUCUGGAUCCGGCACAAAAUGAAGAAAUGGGAAGUCGAAGAAGACGUAGACGCCAUAUUUAGAGACAUGGAUUUUAACAACGACAAUCACGCCACGUGGAAAGAAUUCAUGAUGAGAACUUAUGGAUUUACCGAUGAAGAUAUUAACAAGAAAUGGGAACGAAAUAAUUUAAAAGAUUACAUAGAAGAUGACAGAAGAAAAUGGAAGUACGCUGACCAGGAUAAGGAUAGCAGACUCACGCGCGAGGAGUAUGAGUAUUUCCAUCAUCCCAAGGAACAUGAGGUCAUGAUUCCUUACAUAGCAAUGAAAGUCAUGCUUGAAGGGGACAAAGACAAAGACGGCUUUCUGAGCCUCCAAGAGUAUUUAGACUGGCUCGAUAUGCCUGACUUCCACAUUAUGGACAAAAGGGACUUUGAAGAAAAGCAUGAUCAAAACAAAGACGGCAAACUUGACUUGAAAGAAGUCGAAGACUGGCGUCGACCCAAAAACUUCAACAAGGCCCUCGAGGAAGCACAACAUUUAAUAGAACACGCUGAUCUAAACGGGGACGGAAAGCUCAGCGCAGACGAAAUAGUGACAAGUCACGAGUUUUUUGCUGGAAGCUACGCCACGCAAUUUGGCCAAACCUUCCACGAUGAAUUUUGAUUCAACAAAAUGGACUACUAAUGGAAAACUCGCAAAUGCUAGAAGAACUCCCUUCCGCAAAAAGAACAAUAAUCUACAAAAUCUUGCAUUGGAUACAAAAGUUUUUUUUUUCAGGGGGCACCGGAGAUAAGAUGGGGAGGGGAGGGGAGGGCUUAAGUUAAAUGUACAGGGACAUGUACAUUUGUUCUUUAAAAUCGAAUCUUAUAUAAUCCCUUAUCCUCGUACGCCGCCUAUGUAUUUUUAAGGUAAAUAAAUCUUUGUAAGAUUUGUA